AUGAAGUCUCAGAUGGAAGAAAUAGAUUGGAAAAAUGUAGUGCCUUUCCAGGAACAAGCGACCGGAGACCAACUAACACAGCCCCCGCCCGCAGAUGAACCAAUUAAAAUAAGGAUAAAGAAGAUGAUAACACAACGAGCCCAUACCGCAAUAAUUAUGAUAAACGGACUGAAACUGAAGACGAAAAAACUCCAUCAACAAAGCUGCGACCAUAGACACCAAUAG